AUGAAGAAAAUAUAUUUCAUUUUGUUAAUCCUAUUUCAUUUAAAUUUUAUGAACUGUUUCAGAAAAUAUGAUAAAAAUAAGAAUAACAGUUUAAUAAGUCAUUCAAUAAAUAAUGAAGAAAAAAAUAAAAAAAAUAAUAACAAUAAUAAUAAAAAUAAGAAGAAUGAUAAUAGUUUCAGUGCUACUUCUUUUUUAAAUGAAAAAAAUAAAAACAAAAGUUAUACAAAUGUGUCAAAAAUAAAGAAUAUAUAUAUAAGGGGAGAAUCAAACAAAACAACAAAUAUAGAAGAAGAAGAAGAAGAAGAAGAAAAAAAAAAUAUAUUAAAUAAUAAUGAUAAAGAAACUAAUUAUUCAUUUUUAUCAUUGAAGUUUUUUCCAUUCAUUUUAACUUCUUUACUUCAUACAGGAAUUAAUCAAAUACCACGUAAUACUGAUAUUGAAUUAUAUGAAUUUGAAAAAAGUCCAAUGAUAAGACAUAUGUUAGUAGCAGAAGAGAGAAAAAAUGCAUAUACUUAUAUGUUUUUUAUUGUUAUAUCUUUUGUUGUUGUUUUACUUAUAGCUCUUUUUAUUUUUAAAUUUUUUUUCAAUCUUUAA